AUGGAAGAGCAGCCGGACAGUAAAAGUCACCGAGACUGUGCUACAACAACUACCAGCAGCAGCAGCAGCAGCGAUGGAGAAAGCGUCCCUGUCUCCCCCAGCCACGCGCCGUCCUCGCCUGCAGCGCCCUGCAUCCUGCCCAUGCCCCACCACCAGCCGCAGCCGCAGCAGCACCGCACCACCAACUUUUUCAUUGACAACAUCUUGAGGCCGGACUUUGGCUGCAAGAAAGAGACGCUCCUGAUCGUCGGCGGAGCAGCAGGAGGAGGUGGUGGAGGCGGCGGCCGGGACAGAGACCGAGAUCGCGGUCAGACAUCAGGUAGAGAAAACGUCAACCCACUGAUAACGAGGCCAUCCAACCCGUCCUCUCUCCUUUGCCCGGAUUCAAACUGUAACCCCGACAGCUCCUCCUCGGCGCCUCCUGCUGCAGCUGCUGCCUCUAAAGCGAACCCCGCCGCGGCAGCAGCAGCGGUAGCGGCAGCCAAGCCACCCUCCGAAGGGAGUGGAACUAACCCGGCGAAGUAUGGGGAACACGCCAACCCCGCCAUCCUGCUCAUGGGCUCUAAUAAUGGAGGACCUGUUGUAAAGAGCGAUUCUCAACAGCCUCUAGUAUGGCCUGCCUGGGUUUACUGCACUAGGUAUUCAGACAGACCAUCUUCGGGUCCGCGGACCCGGAAGCUGAAGAAGAAGAAGAACGAGAAGGAGGACAAGCGGCCCAGGACCGCCUUCACCGCCGAGCAGCUGCAGAGACUCAAGGCGGAGUUCCAGGCCAACCGCUACAUCACUGAGCAGAGGCGGCAGACCCUGGCCCAGGAACUCAGCCUGAACGAAUCCCAGAUCAAGAUCUGGUUCCAGAACAAGCGGGCCAAAAUCAAGAAAGCCACGGGCAUCAAGAACGGCCUGGCGCUUCAUCUCAUGGCCCAGGGACUGUACAACCAUUCCACGACCACGGUGCAGGACAAAGAGGAGAGCGAGUGA